AUGAAACUCUUAUUCCUCAUUGUAAUUCUCAGCUGUUUGGCCACUCUCCUCUCAGCUCAAUCAACCUCCUUCGACAUUACACCAAAACUCUUCCCAACCAACAAAUUCUGCCGUAGAAAGAUUGAAGUCGACAGAAACGAAAAGACCAUCAAGUUUACCAGCAAGGCCUUGUGUACAUUGGACAGACUCAAUGCCACUGCUGUUGGUUCCUUCUCAGAGAUGGAAUUUCUGGCCUCACUCGAAAGAUUUCCACUCAUUGCCAUGAAGGCCAAGACUGCUAUCAAGAUUGUCACACCAAUUACCAAGAUUGAACGUGAGUUGGCCAUUGUAGUUGGAUCUGCAUUUGGUGUCGAUAGAAUUAUUGAAUAUCAAGAGACAAGUGGAGUUGAAGGUUAUCAACCAGGUAAUGACACUGUUGUAAAGAUUUACAAUUUACGUGAACAAACAUGGAAGAUUGUUGAUUUAUCAAAGAAGCUUCUCAACGACAGUGAUAAUUCAUAUAUUUAUCAUGCUUUGGUUGAAACUAAUAUUACCAAUUUCUGUACUGUUAGAAUGAGUGCUGUCAUUUCAACUGCCACUGUUCAAAUUGAUAGCUCAAAGUUUGCCUCUCGUGCUGGUGUUGUUCAAGUAUUGAAUCCAUCCUCAUUGAAGGUUUCUUUCGAAUUGGCUAAUAUUCAAUAUUCUCAAUCUAAUUCAUUGAUUGCUUUGGGUACAAUUGUUGCAUUCCGUGGUUCAAGACGUGAAAAAUCAUCAGGUGAAAAUGAAACCUUAAAGCCAAGCUCUGGAACAAGAGAAUCAUCAGCUGUUGAAAAGCCAGAUGAUGCCAAUGAUGAUCAAGCUGUUUCUCAAUUUGAUAAUGAUUUGAAUACUCAAUUAGAUGGCAAUCAAGCAAUUCUUCCAAAACCAUUCUUCAGUUUCCAAAAGUUUAUUUCCAAAUAUUCUUCUAGUUCACCAACUGUUGUUACUCGUGGCAAGUUAAUUUACACUCCAUUCAGAAAUAUUGAAGGUAGUUUGAAUUCUGAUGAACAAUUUAUCAAGGAUAAGUCUGAAGCUUCCAAUGCUGUUGUUGCUCGUUUCUGGGUUUCAUUGACUGAAAGAGUUGAAAAUGUAAUUUGGGAUCCUUCAAGUGGUUCUAGUGAAAAUUCAAAUUAUUUGGCUGCCACUAGCGGUGCUAGCUCUCAAUCAUUGAUUAGCUUCUUGCUUGUUUUGAUUUCCUUGAUUAUUUGUAACUUGUUGUAA